AUGCGUCCCACCCAGACAAAUGGAGGCCCUAACCUCAAUAUAUCCAUUGCAGCGCCUCCAAUAUGGACAUAUGUCGCAGGGGACACGAUAAUCGGCAGCGUGAAUCGCCACUCGCACAUCGUGGCCCCGGAUGCCAAGAUCUCCGUUACAUUGAUCGGACGCACAAAAGCCCGCUUAAUAACAGAAGGCUACCCGUCGAAAGCGACAUACUAUGGCGACUGGAAGCUUUUCGAGCUUCCAUCACAAACCUUGUUCCGUGGACCUAUACAUAUACCCUCGCCCAGUACCCCAGCCGACUGGAUCAACAUCCCCUUCUCAAUUAAUAUCCCCGAAGCAGCUUCCCUGGGAGCAGUACGCGAUCACCUACAAGAAGAGAGCUUCAUUCCCCUAGAAGCACACUGCAUCGUACAGCACCCGUUACCGGGGACAUUUUCCACCAAAUGGACUGGAGCCAAGGUCUGCAUCGAGUACUAUCUCCAGGCGCAGCUGCGGUAUAUUCGCAAUGGCUCAUGGCAUAUCAAACGUGCGGCAGCGCCUAUCACGCUCGGUUAUCCGACGGUAGACGCGGGCGGGAUUCGGUUUGCGCUGCAGAGAUGUAGUAUUGUGAGCCGGGUGCGCAGUCAACGAUUGCUUCCGUCGAUGCGGGAUGUGGAUUUGUCCUUGUCGCAGAAGACGCAGAAGAUUCUUGGGUUAUCUUCCGUUCCUGGAUUUAGCUUUGAGGUUGUGAUGAGUGUGCCGAUUGCUAUUCAACUUGAUCAUUUGUCGCCGAUUCCGCUUAUUAUUAGGGUUAUACCGCAGCGGGAUGGGAGUAGUUGUGCUAUUUGGGAUGUUGUGCAACGGGUCGAUGUUACUGCGGUUAAGAUGAGUAUUCUUUCGAAAGUCGAGAUUGUUCUCAAACCGAGUGAGGAGAGCUUUUAUGGGAUUCCUAGUGAUGAGCAUGUCUUUGUUCAGCAUUUGGGUCUAGAGAAAGCGUUUGAGCGGCUCGAGAGUCCCAUUGUAACUUUUGCUGGGCCGAGUGAGACACCGGUCGAUAUUGGAAGGGUGCUUGGGCUUGUUCUUAGGCACGAUGGCCUGAUGAGUUGGGGGAAGCGUCUUAGCCCUUUGUCUAGCAUCCAGCCUAGUUUUGUCACUUUCAAUACUAGGGUGAGUCACUCGAUAAUAUGGCAGACCUCUCUUAGUAUUGCGGGGGAGACACGAACUGUAUCGAUGACGACAGCUGUCACUGUGUAUAACAGUGCCUCUAGGUUGUGA